AUGCCCGCUGGAAGCUCCUCCGUCAUCUACCCCAAGGGUAGCAACUUCAACAUGGACUACUACCUCAACACCCACAUGCCCCUCGCCUAUAAGAGCUGGAACCAAUACGGUCUCAAGAGCUGGUCCGUCGUCCAGUUCCCCUCCGACGCCGAAUACUGUGUCCAAGCCAUCCUCGAAUGGGACACCGAGGAGAGCUGCCAGAAGGCCCUGCAAUCCGCCGAGACCAGCACCGUCAUGGGCGAUGUCAAGAACUUCUCCGACAAGUCCCCUACUUUCCUUGCCGGCAAGGUUGUUGGUAGCUCGUAG